AUGGCUCUUACCUCGAGGGGAGACUACCAGUUAAAACUCAAGGCUAAGAAGAAAGUACAAGAAACCACAAGUCCGUUAGAAAAGCUGCGUCUUCAAUGUCUUGCUAGAGGAGGAACUGGUAUUUUAGGGCUUGGAAGACAGUUUCGAAUUAUAGACGAUGACGGAAACAAACUACUUGACUUGCGUGAAUUUACGAAAGGGUGCGCGGAUUUCGGUGUGGACUUGACAAAAGAAGAAGUUAAGGAGAUUUUUGAGUUACUUGACAAGGAUGGGAGUGGAUACAUAGACUUUGAUGAAUUUUUGGAAGCUCUACGUCCUCCUAUGCCCAAAUGUAGGGUAGAUUUGAUCAAUCAGGCGUUUAUGAAGAUGGAUAGAUCGAGAGAUGGUUAUAUCACUGCGGAGGAUUUACGAGGUGUAUACAAUUGCAAGUUUCAUCCAAAAUACAGAAACGGUGAAUGGACUGAAGAGCAAGUGUUUGAGGAAUUCCUCAGGAAAUUUGAAGCCCCAGCUGAAAUUGAUGGGAAAGUUACGAAAUCGGAAUUUCUAAACUACUAUGCCGGUGUCAGUGCAUCAAUUGACAACAAUGCGUACUUUGAUUUGAUGAUGCGUAAUGCCUAUAAACUGUAA